AUGACGCAGCCUCCGGGCCAGCCGGGCCUGUCGCCGCAGUUCUGUUUCUCUACUGGAACUCUACGCGACUUUCUGCGGCUUUCGAGGUCAUCCAUCGACGACUCUAUCGCGCAGAACCUCAACGCCCUCGUGACACCUGCAGAGACAGGGUUUGAUCCGCGGUCGACAUCCCAGCGCGCUCCGCCAUCCGCCUCCCGCGAAAUAAACCCACGGGCGUGCCAGACGUUCAAAGAGCGCGUGCUCUUCCCGUCAUGGCAAGCCCGAGCUGAGGUGCUCAACUACUGCGGCAUCGUGGCCACGAGCCCGGACCCAGACGACCCCGAGGCGGCGCUGCGGGAAGUGGAAAACCAGCGGGAUCGGGAGAGGGUUGUGGACGAGCGACUCGACCCCUACUCCGGGAGGUUCUUCCCACGGGAGCCCCGGACGGAGACUCUGGCCAUGAUCGUGCGCCAGGAGCGAGGCGUGGAGAACAUCGUCCGAAGCCGCACAUGGGAAGUGGUCCAGCAGCGCUGCGCCGCGCCGCAUGAGCGGUGGGAGGACGCCGUCGCGCGAUGGAGCGACGAACAUCACACAAGCAAGCCAGGGCCUGGCCGGUGA